AACAAGAAACCCCCGAAACCAAACUAAUUCUGCUCGAAUAUCAUAAACCCUAGAAGUAGACAGCCCUUUUUGAACGAAAUCUCAUGGAUCCGCAGCCAGAGCCAGUCUACUAUAUCUGUGGAGAUUGUGGGAUGGAGAUUCCCUUGAAGCCAAACGAUGUGAUUCAAUGCCGUGAAUGCGGCUACCGUAUCUUAUACAAGAAGCGCACUCGUCGCAUUGUUCAGUAUGAGGCACGCUGAAGAAGAGACUUGGUGUGCUUGUGUCGGUCAAUGAUCCGUGUAUUGAAUCUGUUUGAUGUCUUUGAACUUAAGUCUCAGUGAGAUGUUUGUAUAAUAUCUGUUCAUUUUCGGCUACUUGUUAAAAUUGUUUUGUGCUAAAUCUUGCUCUUUACAUGGUUGUAUAAUUAUUGAGAUUCACAAAAUAAUUGGCAUUUUGGUCAUACAUGGGUUUGAUAAAUA